CCUUUCAUCAGUGUUUUCUUGGCCACAUUUGAAGAGCAUAUUUUAGCAAAUUGUUAUUACAAGUUUUUUUUUUUAUAUUUCAUCAGUGAUUCGUGUAAAUAUUUAGCUGUAGAGAAUGCAUUUUCCGUAUAUGAAAAUUGCCAUCUACGUGCUGACAUUUCUCACCUAUGCCUACUCCGGCUAUGGCUCCAGCACAUUGGUACAUUUACGAGACGCUAUCAUAGCAGCGGAAGCAAUAUUUGGUGAUGUAUUCAAGAAUUUGGUGACUGUUGUAAGGAAGUUUCGUACAGUGCAUGAAGUAUUCGACGCAGCAGUGGAGGAGAAUUGUAUUUAUCAAUGUCUUGGACCGGAUGGCAAACCAAUAGAUGUACGACCCGUCCAGAAUAAGCUGUAUACACCAACCGCCGAUGGCUGUGGCUCACUUGGACUGCGCAUCAACACCGAAUAUUUGCCUGCCGUCGAAAUGGAACAUUGCUGCAAUGAGCACGACAUUUGCUAUGACACUUGCAACAGUAAUAAAGAUUUAUGUGAUUUAGAUUUUAAACGUUGUCUUUACAAAUAUUGUGACACCAUUGACAAAUCCAUUGGUACUGAAUAUCUUAUUACGGGUUGUAAAGCUGCUGCGAAAGUGCUCUUCACAGGCACUUUAACGUUGGGCUGUAAAUCGUAUUUGGAUUCACAGAAACGUACGUGUUAUUGUGCGCCGCCUAAACAGUCCAAAGAAGAAAAUCGUGGGUAUAACGGUUAUAAAAAUGGUAAUGGUGAUAAAUACUAUAAACAGGGGAAAAAACAAAAAUACGGUUGGAAGGAUGCGGGUGAUAUGUAGUGAGGAUAUUCACAUGGGAAAUUGUAUUUAGCGAUUUUUUUUGUUAAUUGUCUUAAAGCACAGUCAUUUAUAUUAAAUACAAUGUUUGUAUGUAACAAAUGUAUGCACAUGUGUGUACAAUUUUAACAGCAAUAUUAUAUACAAGUAUUUUGGAUGUUUAGAAUUUAUAUGUAUAGAGAGAGAGACAUCCCUAGCCAAAGCAGUUUUCUAGAAAUUUAAGAUUUUUAUGUAUAUGUAUAUAUUUUAUUGAUAGAAUGCUACAUACUAACAUGAAACAUGUAUUUACGCACACGACUGUAUUAACAGCUCAAACCAACGAACUUGACCAAAGUAAGAUUAAAAUCCAAAUUAAACUAAAAAAA